AUGCUAUGUUCAUCUGCCCUCGAGGAAACUAAACCGAACUAUCGAUUAAAUAAGUUACUGAAAAUACUCACAACGAAAGAAAAAAUGUCUACCCUUUUGAAGUCCGCUAAAUCUAUUGUUCCAUUAAUGGACCGUGUUCUUGUCCAAAGAAUUAAAGCACAAGCAAAAACAGCUUCCGGUCUAUAUUUGCCUGAAAAAAAUGUUGAAAAGCUAAAUCAAGCUGAAGUUGUUGCCGUAGGCCCAGGUUUCACUGAUGCUAAUGGCAAUAAGGUUGUUCCACAGGUUAAAGUAGGUGACCAAGUUUUGAUUCCACAGUUUGGCGGUUCUACCAUUAAGUUGGGCAACGAAGACGAAGUUAUUCUUUUUAGAGACACAGAAAUUUUAGCCAAGAUUGCUAAGGACUGA